AAUUAAAAACUAUAAUUUUAAUCUCCCCCAUUCUACCUACAUCAACCUCCUCCUUAAUCAAUAAGAAGUAGGGAGCGAUCUAUUCGGGAACUGGGUGUUAGAGCAGCAUGAAUGUCAGAGAGGAAUCAACCUGAAUCUGUCAUAACAUUGUAUUAUAUUCUUCAAUUCGAGGGGCAUGGGGUCUUCAGCAAGAGGUUUUGCGAACUCUGCAGUUUAGCGUGGAAGAUUUGGGAAAAAUGAAUUUCAAGAAGGAAAAGUCAGACGCGGCAACAGCUGCUGCGGACAGGGUCAAGGCAGCGGCAUUGUGUGUCGCGAAGGGGUUGAGCCGGACGCAAGCAGAGAGGGCUGCCUCUGCCGUGGCGCCGAAUGUGAAUGAGUUCGGGCAGAAGGAGGAGGGACCGAGUCGGUGGCAGGAGCGAAAGGAAGCGAAGAGGCAAAUGUAUUUGUUGAGUACAGAGAGGGCGGUGACGUUAGGAGUGAGGAAGGAUCCAACGAAGUUAGCGGGAGCGGGGGCAGUUGGAGGUUCCCAGCAUUGCCAGAAGUGUUUUCAGAUGGGACACUGGACUUACGAGUGUCAAAAUGAGAGGGUGUAUGUCUCUCGACCGACUCGGACGCAGCAGCUCAUGAAUCCUAAGUUACGGCCCGAGCUUAUGGAUCCUGAAGAAAUUUUGGCGGGUCUGCACAGAUUGCAGCGAGAUACUCUGCAAGGAGCCGCGUUUAUGAAAGCAGACAAAAGUAAAACGCGUUAAGCAAACGGAGGCUUUUCUGAAAAAGAACAGGAGUGAUAAUUUUGCAUUAACUAAUUUUGAAAGCUCCAGGAGUGUUUUUGACUUUGGUUACACCAAUUCGGAUCGGAAGAGGGGGCGAAAAGAUCGCUCCCGAAAUCCAACGAGAAGCCUUGGACCAAGUUUUUCAUUAAGCAGUGAUGAUGAUCGUGAAAAGCAAAAGCUGGCGAAUGCCAUGAUGCACACGUUUUGUGCGUUUUGAAAACUUGUCCUGUGUGACUUUCACGAUUCUUCUUAAAGUUCUGGAUUUAUAGAUUGGUAGAUAUGAUUAUGACUGUCGCAGUUCGCACUACGCCUCGUUGAUAGAAGAUAAUUACUUCAUAAUUGACUACCGUGAAGCGUGAACCUUUGUGUGUGACUGAUCGGAACUUAAAUCUCACCUCUUUUUAAGUCUUUUCAACACACGGCAGAGAAGACGAUCCUGGUGCUGAUUACUCAUAUCGCAGGCUCGGCUGGGAUGUAACACACCCCAUUACGAUGCAACGAUUGUCAGUUGUGCCAGCGAUUAGUCAACUUGUCGUCAGUUCUAGUAUUGAGAAACUGUUCAGUCCACCUACAACUUGGAGGUUUUGCAGCAAAUCAUUUGAGCACAAGACACUAUUUGGUCAUGAUCUUAUGAUUUGCGUGGAGGUGAGCGAAAGACUGAGGGCCAUCUUCAAGAUGAGGUGCAUCAUGAAUGCAAGCUGUGUUUCCGUGAUCUCUUUUUGCUAAAGUCUUUCUCCUCAAAGGUUUUAUGAAUUGGGCUUAAGACUGUUGUACCUGGUGCACCUUCUUUGACACAUAACGUUUCAGGGGACUAGGUUUGUAAGAGUACUUGUUUUACGUUCUGGUGGAAGCGUAAACUUUGUUUUGAUGUUUCAGGUUGGGUCACAGUUUACUGCUACGUGAGUUAAGUCGUUUAUGUAAAAUCAUUAGAAUUGUGCCUCCGAUGGUAUCUGUUCCUGCCAUUCUAACUCAGAACUUUGUUGGGUGGAUUGAAUCGGCUGGACAUUAAUAUUCUCACUUCCUCCCAAGUUCCAAACGAAAUCAAAGAAAAACCAUGGUACAGAAGUGUCUGGGAAUGUCAAUCUUCGAACAAUGAUACUUCUCUUCUUUGAUAUGUACAAAAGAAGAUGUGCUUAUAAAUAAAGCUUCAAUAGGUGACAAAGUGA